AAUUAAGCCCUCAAUUUUUCACAUUUCCCACCAAUUAUAUCAUAUGAACACAAUAUGCAAAUGCAGAAAAAUUUUCGAACUGAAAUUUAAGUUUAGAUUAAUUUAACAUAAUUUAAAUUGCAAUAACAAAAAAACUUUAUAUAAAAGACACUCAUAAUUAAUGAAUUAGACCAGACAGGCUAUAAAAAUGAUUAAUAAAUAUUAGUAAUAUUUGAAAGAAAAAAAAAAUCUGCUUAUGCCCAUUCUCUGUAUAAUAUUGGGUAAACUGUGUCACUAGUGCAUGCUCCAAUAUAAAGCAGCCACCUUUCAAGUUUCAAGUAUCCUUUCCUCUUUAGAGCUCCUCCCAUCUCCUUUCAACUUGCAACACCCAGAAAUUAGAAUAAUUCUAGCUUGAUUCAUCUCUUUUGAUCCUCACUAUCUUGUUCAAUUCUCCUUUUGAAGAAACCAGUAAAGAAGCUAUUUCCCCUGCUUUCUCCUCUUGGUCAUAUUUUUACUCUGCCUCUUUUUCACAGUUCCAAGUGUUACAAUUUCUUGGCUAGAAAUUAUCAAUUUCGAGAUUAUUUCCCAUCUGGGUUUUGCUUCUUUCAAUCUCAAGUCUCAUUUCUGGGUGUAAAAAUUCAGAAUUCCAUCUCCUCUUUUCGAGAUUCUGUUGGAUUCAUACGAGGUGGGUUUUUUUUUUAGAUUCCAAGUUUUUUGCUGCUAAGAAGAAAAAAAAAAAAAGGAGAUUCUUGAUCCUCUGUAUGUGAUUCUGAAAACUCCAUAGAAAAUUAACUACCUCCAUCUUUGCAUAUACUGUUUCUUUCUCUUUCCCUAUCCUUCAAUAUGAAUUUUUAAGUAUUCACAGCCAUGGAAACUCUAUAUCCAUCUUUGUACAUGUCCAAUUCCAAUUGGUUUACACAAAGCACAGAGUGGACAAGGGAGGAGAACAAAAAAUUUGAGAGGGCUUUAGCAAUAUAUGAUGAGCAUGAGCCUGACAGAUGGAUAAAAGUGGCAGCCAUGAUCCCAGGGAAGACGGUUUUCGAUGUGAUCAAGCAAUAUAAAGAUCUUGAAGAAGAUGUUUGUGACAUAGAAGCAGGGAAGGUAGCCAUUCCUGGUUACCUUAGCUCAGCUUUCACUUUAGAUUGCUUUGAAAAUCGCCAUUGUGAUGCUUAUAGAAAGAGGCCUUUGGCUACUAAAAAUGGUGAUCAUGAGAGGAAGAAAGGUGUGCCAUGGACUGAAGAUGAGCACAGGAGGUUUCUUCUGGGGCUUCUAAAGCAUGGAAAAGGUGAUUGGAGAAAUAUUUCCAGGAAUUUUGUAGUCUCUAAGACUCCAACUCAAGUUGCAAGCCAUGCACAGAAGUAUUUUAUAAGGCAGCAGCUUUCUGGAGUGAAAGAUAAGAGAAGGCCAAGUAUCCAUGACAUCACAACCGUUAAUCUCACUGAUAAUUCUUCAUCAGACGGUAAUAAACCACCCUCACUAGAUCAGAGUAAUGCCCUUUUAUCACAAGACCAAUCUGCUAUGUUGAUUGAUUGGAACCAAUCAAAGCAUGGAUCAUUUAUGGUGUUUGAUUCAACUCAUGGCAACUUCUUUGUGUCAUCUCCCAGUGAGAUUGCUUCCACUAGCUUUAAACUUCAGGAGCAAAAUCUUUAUGCUGGUGCUCAUAUCAACCCACAUAACUUGGUUUUCCAGAGACAUCAAAUUCAUGGAUGAACAAGGCUUGUCUUUGUGUUCAGAUGAAUCUGAAGCUCUGAACUGAAUGAUAGUGUUUUUGCUGUGGUUUCUGUGUGGUUUUGUUAAAUGGGUAGUUGUGGAAGUCAUUGUUUUUGAACAUAAACAGAGAUUCUAAAUCAUAUGAUUUCUGAAAUUUGUAUGCCCAGAUGAAGGAAUUGAAAUGUAAGACUCUUGAAUGUGCAAUCUUAGCAUGUAUUGCAUAAAGUUCCAUGCCUAUUGACUUAUUUAUCAGAUUCUAAGACAAGUUUUUAUCA